AUCGUAUCUAAUUUGUUUAUUUAUUUGGCUUCAUUUCGAUUUCGAUCUCGAUCGGAUUGCCUCCACGCACCGCUCAUCCAUCAGGCAUCAAGCAUACAGCUAGCUAGCCAUGACCGACCAUGCAUGUUUGUCACACACAGACAGGUCCAAAUUGCUUGUUAGCACCUAAUAAUGAUCUUUCACAUGCAUGCAAAUACUCAUCAGAGUUUGCUCUAGUUUUGAUUAUUGAAGACGGCAUGCAGCCUGCUGUAUGGUUUGAUAUGAUUGAUUGAAGAAAAAAAAAAAGAAGAGGGAAGAUAUAUAUACAUGUGAAUAUGUGAUGUGAGGCCGAGCUGAAGAUGGAAAGUAUGCGCUGGUACGUUAUAUAUAGCAUGUACUCCUGAAGCAAGCAAUGCAAUGCAGGAAGGAGGCAUGUGGUAGGUUGGCAGGCCGCAGCCUGAAACAGACAAGUACAGCCAUGGAGGAGGAGGGUCGUCGGCGGAGCGGCGGCGGCGAGCGGAGGAUGAUGGAUGAUGAUGCGUGGCGGCGGUGGGCUGUUCUUGUUGCGACGGUGUGGAUCCAGGCUCUGACGGGUACCAACUUCGACUUCUCGGCCUACUCGUCGGCGCUCAAGUCGUCGCUGGGCAUCUCCCAGGAGGCGCUCAACUACCUGGCCACCGCCUCCGACCUCGGCAAGGCAUUCGGCUGGUCCUCCGGCCUCGCCCUGCUCUACAUCCCCCUCCACGCCGUCCUCCUCGUCGCCGCCGUGCUGGGGCUCGCCGCGUACGCCCUGCAGUACGGCUGCCUCGUCUCCGUCAACCUCGCCGCGAUCCCAUACCCGCUGGUGUUCUUGAUCUGCUUGAUAGCAGGGUGCAGCAUCUGCUGGUUCAACACGGUAUGCUUUGUUCUCUGCAUUCGCAGCUUCUCCGCAAACAACCGCCCCCUGGCCCUCUCCCUCUCAAUAAGCUUCAAUGGCCUCAGCGCCGCCUUCUACACUCUCUUUGCAAAUGCCCUAUCCCCUUUGUCCCCAUCUGUCUACCUCCUCCUCAAUGCCAUACUCCCUAUUGCCAUCUCUAUUCUUGCGCUCCCAGCUAUACUCCUCUGCCACAAACAAGACAGCCACCUCCACAGCAUGCCCAAUCAUGACAGGCGUGUCUUCCUUGGCCUCUACAUCCUCGCUGUCGUCACCGGCACAUAUCUGGUGGUAUUUGGAUCUUUCACCACAACCAGGUCCGCUGCAUGGGUCAUCCUCACAGGCGCCAUGGUCCUCCUCGCCCUCCCUCUCAUCAUCCCUGCCUGUUCCAGUUGCUCACAUGGCCCUGACCCUGCAUCUCCACUAAACCAUGAUGACCCACAUAAACCACUACUAAUCAGUAACAAUCAUCAGACAGUGUCUGAUGCCGUGAUGGAGAGAACAAUGGAGCACCAGCUGCAGGGCAGUUGUUGUGGAAAAAUACUACACAAGGGCUGCCUGGCAGUGCUCGGUGAAGAACAUAGUGCAAAGAGGCUCAUUGGGUGUGUGGACUUCUGGCUCUACUACACAGCCUACUUCUGUGGAGCUACUGUUGGGCUGGUAUACAGCAACAACUUGGGGCAGAUUGCGCAAUCAUUGCACCAGCAGUCGCGGCUCACCAUGCUACUUGCUGUCUACUCAUCCUUCUCCUUCUUCGGUCGUCUUCUCUCUGCACUCCCCGACGUCCUUCACAGGACGGUGUCACUUGCUCGGACAGGGUGGCUUGCUGCUGCCUUGGUGCCAAUGCCAAUGGCCUUUUUCCUUAUGUGGAAACAACAAGAUGCAAGUGCUCUGGUAAUAGGAACAGCCCUAGUUGGCUUAAGCUCAGGGUUCAUCUUCGCUGCAGCAGUAUCGGUGACCUCCGAGCUCUUUGGACCAAAUAGCGUCGGUGUGAAUCACAACAUCCUAAUCACUAAUAUCCCACUGGGCUCAUUCCUCUAUGGCCAGAUUGCUGCCAUGGUAUAUGACGCAAAUGGCCAAAGGAUGUCAGUAAUGGAUAACCGCACUGGCACUAUUGACACCAUGAUUGUGUGCAUGGGGGUGAAGUGCUACUCAACCACCUUCUUCGUGUGGGGUUGCAUCACAUUGCUGGGGUUAGCAUCGAGCAUAGUCCUAUUCAGAAGAACAAAACCAGCUUAUGCUACUGCUGCAAGUCGAUCAUCAAGUUGUAAGCACCUUCAGCAAGUUUCCAGAGAAACUCCUUGAUCAGUCCCUUGCUGCUUUGAAAUCACUGUUAGCUUGUACAAAAUUUUGGUUUAGUUUUAGCUGAAACGGUUAAUAGAUACACAAAAUGAGUACCACCAUAAGACACAUCAAGAGGACAGGAAAUUACUAGCUUAGCAGUAUUCAAUUUACUGGGCAUUAAUACUAAAAAGUAGGCCCAAGAUUUCAUGAAUCAACUUGGAAUGUUUGUUGCUGGUUGAAUUGAGAUGUACAAAAUUCUACAUCUUUACUGUUGUUAUUUACUCUCUCCGCUUCAAAAUACAUGUUUAUGACAUCGACAAGGCGUAAAAGGUGAAACUUUGACCAAUGAAAAUAUGACAUUUCAAAGGAAGGUAAUUAAAUAUUUUGAAAGUA